CGCCACGAGACAUCGCACAGCCACCCUUCACUCCCACUUGCUCCCAGAACAGAGAAUAAGAGGAGAAGGAGAGAGAGAGAGAUAAAAGAAAGUGAGUGUCUCUGUGUCUCUCUCUAGUCUACCUUCUCUUCUCUUCUCUUCUUGUAAAGCAAUCACCAGUCAAUGUCUUUCGGUUCUUUCUUCUUUCCUUUCUUUUUUUACUGUUUGUAAGUAUCGGAUUCUCUUUCUCGUUCUUUAUUGCUUAUAUAUAUAUAGAGAGGUACAACUUAAAUUCCCAAUCCUUGGUUCAGUCUUACAAUGUGGGUUCUUCCUCUUUUUAGAGAUCAAGAAAUCACUUAACAGUUUUUUCAGAGAUCAAAAUCUUGCAGUAGUUACAACUGUUUGAAAAUGUAAAAAAACUGUUCCUUUUGAGUUGAUAGAGGAGUAGUGAGCUGAUUAGAAAGUGAUUAGGGGAUAGUUUAUUCAUGCAAAAGUUUUGGUUUUGAGAGUGAGAACUCCGAGUCUGAACUUUAAAAGAGCAGAUUAGUGGUUCGAAAUGAAUUGGAAUUCACACAUGGAGGGUCAUUACAUGAACCCUAGCUACCCAUAUAAUUCGGCUGGAAGUUUCAUUGAAUAUUUCGAAGGUCUCACGUAUGACCAUGUGAAUUUCAUUUUCAAUGGAGGUUCCCACGCUCAGGAUAUCGUAUACCCCUCGACAAAUGCAAAUUUCUACAAGUUCGGCAUAUCCCCACCAGGGAGCACUUCAUAUUAUGACCCUACUCAUAUUUAUGAGGUCCAUGAUAAUGGACUACGGAAUGAAGAAUAUGGAAGGCCCUUGGAGAAUUCUUCUACAACGACUAAUGAACAGACUUCCAGAGUAAAUACAGAAUGGGAAGUAAAUGAAAACAGGACUUCUCAUGAUGACCCUGUAGAAUGUUUGCGCAGACAUCAUAAUGUUCAGGAUUAUCAGGCUAUUUGGCAAGACAACGUUGAUCCAGACAGUAUGACUUAUGAGGAAUUACUUGAAUUAGGCGAGACAGUUGGCACCCAAAAUCGAGGUCUUACCCAAGAGCUCAUUUCUUUGCUUCCAAUCUCAAAAUACAAUCGCAGCUUCUUCUCAAGGAGGAAUUCAAGAAGCGAGAGGUGUGUGAUUUGCCAAAUGGAAUAUAAGCGAGGUGAUCGCCGGAUCACUCUACCAUGCAAACAUAUCUACCAUGCUGGUUGCGGGACCAGAUGGCUUUGCAUCAAUAAGGCUUGCCCCAUUUGCUACACUGAGGUUUUUGGCGAUGCAUCAAGACAUUAAGGUUAUAAUGACUGAUGGACAUAAAGAUGAAAACUCUCUCAUUUUUCCAUGUUUCUCAAGUUUGGGUAUUUUUCUUGCUCACACAGUUGUCUCUAUCAAAUUUUCAUUUUCUUCUGUAGAAAGGAAAGAUACUAGUUUUGUAAUAAAUCAGAUUACAAACUUUACAAAAAAAUGCAGGGGAUUUUACUGAGCUUUUAUGAUCAA